AUGCGACGAGAUCUACAAGAACGCCCCGAGAUUCUCACUCGCACGAACUGGAAAUCAUGGAAGAAUGAGAUCGAAAAACACGCCCGAAAAGAAGGAGUUUGGAAGUACUGCAAUCCCGAUGCCCCAAGUGAGUACUACCCCGAGCUCCACGAACCCGAGAAACCACACGUUUCCACGGUCCGACCCGAAGCAAAAUCCAUCGUGGAUCUUGGAGAGGAUGACUUCAUCGAACUAUCCUCGAUCGUGGACCAAUACUGGAAGCAGAUGCGCACAUACGAAAGCAUUCAAACAAAACUGCAGGUCAUCUUUGAACUUAUAGAAAACCAUGUUGAUUACGAACACUUCAGUCUCAUUAAGCACGCAGAAACGCCGCUGGAGCAGUUGGCGGUGCUAUCUGUUAAAUUCAAGAAAUCCUGCUUAGAAGAUCUGCAGCCAAGAUGGGAGCGUAUACAAGAGCUGGCUAAUAAGGCGGAUGUACGAGAGCUGUUUAAACUAUGGAAUGUCCUGUUCACAGAUUGCAAUGCGUAUCUUUCUGGUUCCGCUCGAAGGCAGGAUGCCUUUUGGGAUUGUGUCGAGACAACGGGAGAUAUCUCGGCGACUUGGCUGCCUCUCACUUCCCAGCACUGGAUUGAAAAUCCUGAUCAUGUUGAGUCCAUGAAUCAUGGAGAUGAUUUCGCUCAGCCCCAUUCACCGGCUAGACGGGAGUCUGUCACUUCCCAGGACCAGAUUGAGACCCCCGACCAUUCGGAGUCGAGGGACUAUGGCGAUGAUUGCGCUCAACUUCGUUCACGGGCUAGACGGGGGUCUAUCGCUUCUCGGUACCGUAUUGGCUAUAUUGGCUUCUACGAUCCGGCGGUGUCGACUGAGCGCACAUCUCUGAGCCCUCAACCCGGUUCUGUGGCAGGUCAGAGUGAUCAGCUUGAAGAGAUAUCUGGGGACGAUGUGGAUGUAACAGGUCUUCUACAGCGGUUGAGACUGCCACGGGGGAAAGAAAGCGAAGUCUAA